AUGGUGAUGCAAUCGGGGGUAAGUGGUUUUUAGCGGAUUUGUGAAACUUACAUGAUUUUAAAUUACUCUGAACACUUGCAGGUGUACCCAACUGGAAAACCCAAAAAAGUGCCAGUACAGUACAAGAUAACGGAUAAUUAUCCAUCUGAGAAGAAACUGAAGAAUCGAGAAAAAGAGUGGGAAAAGGAGAAUCUGGAGUUGGAAUUGAGUCGGAAGGAAAACGAACGAGCGAAAGGAAUUGUUUUGGAGAAGGUAUGUGAAACUAGUCUUUGAAAAUUUUAGAAUAGUUCAGCAACUUGAUCUGCUUACCAUUAUGGCCAAGUUGAGCCGGAUGAAAGAGGGGAUGAGCAGCAACAAUGAGAUAGGACAGUUUAUGAUGAUCAAAGGUAGGUUGCUUUAUUGGCAUCGAGAAAGUUGUUCAGUUUGAGAGUAUCUUGAAACACGAGAACGGAUAUUCUUGAGCUACUUCCCGCCCAUGGAUAAUGAUACGAAUACCGAGGACGUUCUGAGAGUAAGCUAUUCCAAAAGCCCCUUUUCAGCCUGUGUAGAAUCCUUCUAGAAACUAGCUGUCCUACGAGACGCCUUUGAUGAAUUGAUGAUCACCGAGGCUCCGCAUAGACAGACUGCGAACACGGAGAAUCUGUUGAGGUUCAAAUUUCUGGAAAUAGAACUGAUGGACAACAGUCUGCUCUUUGGGGAAGAACAAAAAGUGAGAGAGCUCCCGUAAGCACAAUCUUUCAAUUGUUUUUGAUCAGAGAAAGGCAAUGCUGAAGGAAAUGAACGAGACGAUAAACGUCUUCAAGCUCCGCGUGGUUGCCGAAGUCAAAUUCCUUCAGGAGAGUGACCCGCGGAUGAAGUUUCUUCCCGAGUUUUCCCAUCUGCGUUUUCUCACAGCCAAACCUGACCCCACCCCCGCACUGUUGUACUUUUAAUAGAGAUCUCGUAAACAGAAGAACAUCUUAAAAUAAGCAUACAUCGUGAAGCUCCUUUCUGAUUUCUCCCCUUCUACGAUGAAUAAUGAAUGUUGUCUUUGGAAUUUUUACGAAGAAAGUGCAAGAAAUAAACAAUCGACAGAGCAUUGAGUGAGCACAUGUGGCUCGAAUUGGGCAGUAUAAACAAUAAUGAAUUGGAUUAGGGUUGGAAAAGAGCAUCAAGGAUCAAAAAGAGAUGAAUUCCACCUAUUUAGUUUGCAGAGCUGUUUUUCAAAGUGUUAUUGUUUCUCUGCAUCUCGUCGUAUCUCCAUCUCUCUUUCUCUCUUCCUCAAUCUGAGAUUUGACCUCAAGCUGGAACACGGAAAGAGUCACUUCUUCUUCAUUUUUUUUUGAGUAGCCAUCGAAAAUGCGCGCCAAUGUUGCGAUUCCACCGCAGUCCGCCGCCGAAAUAGCGCUGGGAUCUCGGAGCCGAAGAGCUGGUGAUCCAAUCUGCGGGCGGUGCCUGUUGGCGUCUCCAGAAGCGCCGGCUGCUCUGCCGUUUAAUAUACAGAAAGAGCGGAGAGUCGGGGCGAGGAAGACGGAGUGUAAAGCGAGUUUCGGGCAGCCGGAGCAGCCUCCGAGAGAAUCUUCUCCCGCUUCGGAGAGCACUUUCACACUAUUUCCACCCGCCCGACUUGAACGGGGGGUGUUUUCAGACGUAUUCUGUUUUCAGACAUUGUAUAUUAACUGGUUGGUGUGUCCUUUUUGUGUUUCCCGCUCCACUGGACUCAGGUCUCGGCCGCUGUGUAAAACUUUGGCCAUUUCAUCAUUUUUGUGUGUUGUUUUUCAAUUUUCCGAGGCUUUAAAACCUCGAUCGAUGGCCGAGCCUAGCGGAGUGGGAUUGCAACCUUUUUCAGGGGCUAAUAUAACGGAUUGACAAUUCUAGAAUUAAAGUGCAAGUAAAGCAAUGUUUUCUAACUUUUUCUCUCGAUUGAAAGCCGCGAGCAGACGGCCUUUUGACCCCCGACAACUGUGCAUUACGGAGGGAAAAAGAAGAAGAAGCAAUGACCUCGCACAGUUGGCAGCAUCUUUAGCUGACAGCCCGAUCGAUCAGCGAUACUCCUCAAUCAAAAGUUGAAGGCGGAAAGUGGAAAGUAGAGAGCGAAUUUUGAUAAAAGACGGAUGAUUGCUUGAAAGUGCGCGCACUCUGCAGAUAUCUAGAUCCGCUUCAAUCCCACUUGUCGCAAACAUCCGAUGCGCUUUUUCAACUUUUCCACUUCUCUGAAACCGACCCGAAUCUUCGUAUGAUUCCUUUCGGUCACUGCCUUUAUUUGCCCCCGACCUUUCCAAGCUGUUCCGUAUCUGUCGCUGGCUCGUGUCAGCCCGGGACACGACCAAAUCGAACACUCUCCAGAUGUUUAGUAAAAAAUGACAAAGUGCGACGGAACCGUCCAUUUAUAUUAUAAAUCGUCCGCCGUCCCUCUGCUCUCUGUUUGCAACACAUCGGCGGCGGUCGGCCGGCUGUUGGCCGAUCGGAGCGCGCCUCCGGAUGAUUGAGAAGGCGUAGUGUGUAAUGUGUAAUGCUCUUUCAUUUUAUCACAGAUUUCCAACCUAUGCAUCUCCUUUUCUUGCCUCUUUUCCCCUUCUUUCCCCUUCCUUUCAGCUUCCGUUCAUGAUCUGUCUUUAUCUCCAGAACGACUCCAUCUUUGGGUAACGAGAAGUCGAUCCGUGACUAAAAUGUCGCGCUUAAGACUUCUCGGCUGGACGGCAGCCAUCAUGCUACUGUCGUCGUUCUACACUGAUCGGUCGGUCCUCUUUCGAUAUCUCCCAUCUCCAGAUGUCGAAUGUUUUUCAGGAUAAAUGUGGAUGCUGCCGCUGCUUGCAAAGGAUGCGCCCCACCAUGCGUCUGCCCGGGAACAAAGGGAGAGAGAGGAAACCCGGGAUUCGGCGGAGAGCCAGGCCAUCCAGGAGCACCUGGACAAGAUGGUCCCGAAGGAGCACUUGGAGCUCCCGGAAUGUUUGGUAUGUUCUUCGAUUGCUAGAAUAAACAGAUGAGAUUUACUGGUGUCAGGAGCCGAAGGAGAUUUCGGAGACGUUGGAGCGAAGGGAGCUCGUGGAGACCGCGGACUUCCCGGAUCUCCAGGUCAUCCUGGACUCCAGGGACUUGACGGAUUACCCGGUCUGAAAGGAGAAGAAGGAAUCCCCGGAUGCAACGGAACCGAUGUGAGUCUUUUCUCGUUUUGAUUUUUGACCUUUCUAAAAGUUGUACUGCGACAACGAGGAACUAUCUGUUCACUGAAACAUGAUCUCUCUGGCCAUGUGUUUUUUGUUUUCCCCGCAGUUUCGCAAAUUGACUCGGCUACUGCCUCAAAAAACAGCGAAAGUGAGUGAAAAAGAGGAAAAGAGAAGGAGAUGGCUAGAUGGGUCGGCGUGCCAAUGUGUGUGCAGCCGUCAUGUGUAAUGCCAUGACUCAUCCGUAUCUCUGCUUUGCUCCGCUCUGCGUACGUGCCCGCACUACUCAAACUCUGCACUAUCAGUCCCUCUCAUUUCAAUUGUUUCAGGGAUUCCCUGGUAUUCCCGGAUUGGCUGGACCGCCAGGACCACCAGGAACAAAUGGAAAUCAAGGAAGACCGGGACUCUCGGGACCGCCCGGAGAGGGAGGAGUCAACUCGCAAGGAAGAAAGGGAGAGAAGGGAGAGUCUGGAAGAUCAGGAGUCCCUGGAUUGCCUGGAAACUCUGGAUACCCAGGACUGAAGGGAACCAAGGGAGACUCAGGACCGUACGGAUUGCCCGGAUUCCCAGGAACUCCAGGAUUGAAGGGAAGAAUCGGAGUGAGAACUUCUGGAGUCAAGGGAGAGAAGGGAUUAGUUGGACCCCCAGGACCACCGGGACCGCCAGGAUCCUAUCCAUGGGCUUCGAAGCCAAUCGAGAUGGAGGUUUUGCAAGGACCAGUUGGACCAGCUGGUGAGCAGAGCACAAAAAGAAAAGAUUAUGAAAAAAAAGGGUUUCAGGAGUGAAAGGAGAGAAGGGUCGUGAUGGACCAGUUGGACCGCCAGGAAUGCUCGGACUCGACGGACCUCCAGGAUAUCCAGGACUGAAGGGACAGAAAGGAGAUCCAGGAGAUGCCGGACAACGCGUUAGUCACAAUAAAUAGUUGUUCUUUUCAACAUUCAUUUGCAGGGCAAACGCGGAAAGGACGGAGUUUCCGGAAGCUACGGAGAGAAAGGAACUCAAGGAGAGCAAGGAAUUCCAGGAGUCCCGGGAUACGCAGGAGUCAAGGGAGAAGCUGGAGAACCUGGAUAUCCGGGAAGGCCAGGAUUCGAAGGCGACUGCGGACCGGAAGGACCACUCGGAGAAGGAAAGGGAGAUCCAGGACCGCGUGGACCACAAGGAUUCGAUGGAGUUCAAGGGCCGAAGGGUUUGACUGGACACAACGGACUUCCGGGACCAGUUGGACCAAGAGGACAGGUCGGAGCACCAGGAGCUCCAGGAGUUCCAGGACUCGACGGAUUGCCAGGAUACACUGAGAAAGGAGACCGCGGAGAAGACGGUUACCCAGGAUUUGCCGGAGAACCAGGGCUCCCAGGAGAGUCUGGAGACUGCGGAUAUCCAGGAGAGGACGGUCUCCCAGGAUACGAUAUCCAAGGACCACCAGGAUUGGACGGACAGUCUGGAAGAGACGGAUAUCCAGGAAUCCCAGGAGACAUCGGAGACCCAGGAUACUCGGGAGAGAAAGGAUUCCCAGGAACCGGAGUGAACAAGGUCGGACCAGCAGGAAUGACUGGAUUGCCGGGAGAGCCGGGAAUCCCGGGACGCAUCGGAGUCGACGGAUAUCCAGGACCACCAGGAGCGUCCGGAGCACGAGGAGACGACUGCGGCUACUGUCCGGACGGUCUUCCAGGAAACGUGGGAGACGCUGGAUUCCCAGGAAUGGAUGGAUAUCCAGGACCGCCAGGACCGAACGGAGACCACGGAGACUGCGGUUAUCCAGGACCACCAGGAAAGGCAGGCUUGCCAGGAACGGACGGUCUUUCUGUAAGUAUUCAUCACUAUAAAUACUUUGUAAUUAUCAAUUUCAGGGAUCGCCAGGACUUCCAGGAAUCCCAGGUUAUCCGGGACUGAAGGGAGAAGCCGGAGAGAUCAUCGGGCCAAUGGAGAAUCCGCCUGGAAUCUCCGGAUUGAAGGGAGAACGCGGUUUGCCAGGACUGCCAGGAAGACCCGGAAAUGAGGGUCUUCCGGGACUGCCGGGAGGACCGGGACAGGACGGAUUCCCAGGACUUCAGGGAGAAUCCGGACUCGUCGGAAUUGACGGAAAGAGAGGACGCCAAGGAAGUGUAAGCUCACAAAUUGCUGCUUUGAAUGCAUUCAUUGUCUGAUUUCAGUUGGGUGUCCCAGGACUUCAAGGACCACCAGGAGACUCAUUCCCAGGACAGCCAGGAACUCCAGGAUACGCUGGAGAGCGAGGAGCUGACGGACUUCCGGGACUCCCAGGAGCUCAGGGUCCGCGAGGAAUCCCUGCCCCACAGAAGAUCAUCAACCAGGUGGCUGGACAGCCAGGUGUUGACGGACUCCCAGGUCUUCCAGGAGAACGAGGAGCUGAUGGACUUCCAGGACUUCCAGGACCGGUAAGCGGAAGAAAAUAUACUCAGUUUAAAGAAGUAAUCUUGUCUUGCUCAGAUCGGACCUGACGGAUACCCAGGUGCCCCAGGAGAGCGUGGAAUGGACGGAGUUCCAGGAUUCCCAGGACUCCACGGAGAGCCAGGAAUUCGCGGUCAACAAGGAGAAGUUGGUUUCAACGGAAUUGACGGAGACUGCGGAGAGCCAGGUCUUGAUGGUUAUCCAGGAGCCCCAGGACUUCCAGGAGCUCAAGGAGAGACCGGAUACGGAUUCCCAGGACAAGUUGGAUACCCAGGACCAAAGGGAGACACUGGAGCUGACGGACUCCCAGGCCAAGACGGAUAUCCAGGCAGAGAUGGUCUUCCGGGAACGCCAGGAUACCCAGGAGAGUCAGGACUGGCUGGACUUGAUGGAACCCCAGGACAACCGGGAUUGCCAGGAGAGCCCGGACUCGUUGGAAUUGACGGAAAGAAGGGAAGAGAUGGACCGCAAGGACCGGCAGGAGCCGCCGGUGUCCCAGGAUACCCGGGAGAAGCUGGAGCGCCAGGAACCAAUGGACUGGACGGAUACCCGGGAGCCCCAGGAGAUCAAGGAUAUCCAGGAGCACCAGGACAGAAUGGACUUACAGGACCAAACGGAUUCCCAGGAGAAGACGGUCUGGUUGGAUUCCCGGGACUUCGUGGUGAGCAUGGAGAGAACGGACUGCCAGGAUUGGACGGAGAGUGCGGAGAAGAGGGAGCCCGAGGACUCGACGGACUUCCGGGAUAUCCAGGAGAGCCAGGAGCUGAUGGUCUACCGGGACUUCAAGGAGGAAACGGAUAUCCAGGAUUGGCAGGAGAGGUCGGAGAAGCAGGAGAGCCAGGACUUCGUGGACAGCCAGGAGAGCCAGGAAACCUUGCCUACCCAGGAACUCCAGGAGACGUGAGUUCACAACAUUCACUAUUAUUAUUCUUAUUUUCUAAUCCGUUUAGGUUGGAUACCCCGGUCCAGAUGGGCCGAUUGGUCUUCCAGGACCAGACGGUCUUCCGGGAUUGAACGGAGAACGAGGAGAAAACGGAGACAGCUAUCCAGGAAAUCCGGGAGUUUCGGGAGUUCCAGGAGAUGCUGGAUAUGAUGGUCUUGAUGGAAUCCCAGGACUCCCAGGUUAUCCAGGAGUCACUGGAAUGCCGGGAUUGAAGGGAGAGUCUGGUCUGCCAGGACUGCCAGGAAGACAAGGAAACGACGGAAUCCCAGGACAGCCAGGACUUGAAGGAGACUGCGGAGACGAAGGAUUCCCAGGAGCACCAGGACAACCAGGAUAUCCAGGACAGCAGGGAAGAGAAGGAGAAAAAGGAUAUCCGGGACUUCCGGGAGAGAACGGACUGCCUGGACUGAGAGGACAAGACGGUCUGCCUGGAUCGAAGGGCGAGAACGGAAUGGACGGACUGCCUGGAUACCCAGGAGCCCCAGGACAACUGGGAUCACCGGGAGACGUCGGAUAUCCAGGAGCACCUGGAGAGAACGGAGACAACGGAUUGCCAGGAAGAGAAGGACAACCGGGACUCCGCGGAGAGCCAGGACAGCCAGGAUUGCCAGGAUUAUCAGGAAGAGAUGGACAGCCAGGACCAGUUGGUCCAACAGGAGACGAUGGAUAUCCGGGAGCUCCAGGACAAGACACCUACGGCCCGCCAGGACAGGCCGGAGACAAUGGAUACCCAGGACUCGACGGACUUCCGGGAACCCCAGGACUUGCUGGAGAGCCAGGAUCGCCAGGACAAUACGGAAUGCCAGGACUCCCAGGAGUUCCAGGAGAACCAGGACUACAGGGAUACCCAGGAGAGAGUGGUCUCGUUGGAAUUGACGGAAAGCGUGGACACGAUGGAGCUCCAGGAGCCCCAGGAGCCCCAGGACUGGACGGGGUUCCAGGACUCGAAGGAGACUGUGGAGAUGAUGGAUAUCCGGGAUCCCCAGGACAGCCUGGAAGCAACGGAUACCCAGGAGAGCGAGGAGUGCCAGGAUUCCCAGGACAAUCGGGACAUCCGGGAGACGCUGGAUAUCCAGGAGCACCAGGACAGCCAGGAAUCAAGGGACCACGCGGAGACGACGGAUUGCCUGGCCGUGACGGACUCGAUGGACUUCCAGGACGUUCCGGAGCACCAGGAGUGCCAGGACCAAUGGCUCUCGAUGCCAAGAAUCCACCAGGAGAGCCAGGAGACAAUGGAUACCCAGGAGAAAAGGGAUACCCAGGGUUGCCAGGAGAUAACGGUGAGCAUUAAACUGCAGUUUUCCUAUUUGUUUUUGUGUUUAUUUCAGGGCUUUCCGGACCGCCAGGAAAGGCAGGAUAUCCAGGAACGCCAGGAGUUGACGGAUACCCAGGAACGCCAGGACUUUCGGGAACUCCGGGCAACGGAGGAGACCAAGGAUAUCAAGGAGAACGCGGACGUCCGGGACUUCCAGGACUUCCAGGAACCCCAGGAUACCCAGGAACGCCUGGAGGAUGGGCUCCGAGCCGUGGAUUCACCUUCGCCAAGCACUCUCAGACCACCGCCGUUCCGCAAUGUCCGCCAGGAGCGUCGCAGCUCUGGGAGGGUUACUCUCUUCUUUACGUGCAAGGCAACGGACGUGCUAGCGGACAAGAUCUUGGUCAGUCAAUAAUUAACAAUCUCUGUCUGAAUUCCAGCUCUUUGCAGGUCAGCCAGGAUCUUGUCUCUCCAAAUUCAACACGAUGCCGUUCAUGUUCUGUAACAUGAACAGUGUCUGCCACGUGUCGAGCCGCAACGACUACUCGUUCUGGCUUUCGACCGAUGAGCCAAUGACGCCGAUGAUGAACCCAGUGACGGGAACUGCCAUCCGCCCGUACAUCUCACGCUGUGCCGUCUGCGAAGUUCCCACUCAGAUCAUCGCAGUUCAUUCGCAAGACACCGCGGUGCCACAGUGCCCACAGGGAUGGUCUGGCCUCUGGUCCGGCUACUCUUUCGUCAUGCACACCGCCGCCGGAGCAGAGGGAACCGGACAAAGUCUCCAGUCUCCUGGCUCUUGUCUCGAAGAGUUCCGCGCCGUUCCAUUCAUCGAGUGCCACGGAAGAGGAACUUGCAACUAUUACGCCACCAACCACGGAUUCUGGCUUUCCAUCGUCGAUCAGGUAAACUCUUUCUUAUCCUCACUCAUAUCAAGUUCAUUUCGUUCGCAGGACAAGCAGUUCCGCAAGCCAAUGUCGCAGACUCUCAAGGCUGGAGGCCUCAAAGACCGCGUUUCCAGAUGCCAAGUCUGUCUCAAGAACCGAUAA